UGAGAUACGUUGAUGCCAGCGUGCAUCACGCCAGCUGCUGGUCAGGCUGUUGACCCGCUACAGCCCAUUUUCAAACCAGAACAAACAGCUUUGCUGCAUGUGAGUUAAAAGAAAGUCAGUAACUAAUGAAAAGUAACUUUAAAUAUCAAUGUAACGUCAGGAUGAGUGAACCCAGGCAGGUAAGGACACGGGCAAGGGAGUUUCAGGCUGCUGCAGCGCGAACAGACCCGAUGAGAUGACCCUCCCAACAGGUGCCUGCCGCGGUGGAGAGACGGUCACCGGAGCGAACGGGUGAAACUCAGUACCCGACCACAUCUACUCACACUCCACCCGCUGCCACUUGAUAGGUCCACUCCGCGGGGGUCACCGGAGAAAUGAAGCUUUGCUUGGGUGAAGCUGCCCAGCGGCGGAAACGAGCAACCGGUCCACUACUUCCACAAUUAAUUGGUGUUUUGAAAAUCAUUUAAAUCGUGUGUCGUGUAAAAAUACCGAACGUUUCAUAGUUCCAGCUUCACAGCGGCGAGGAUUUGCUGACUUUCCAUUUCUAUAGUUUAUUUGUUUAUAUUUAUUUGUACUAUUUCGAGGUUUGGAGUAUUGAUUGGUCAAAACGAGCACAGUGAAGGUAUCGAGUUUCUCGACAGUCAAACAAUCGAUUUAACCGAGAAAAAUAAUCAGCAAAAUGAUCCACGAUGAAAACAAGCAUUCGGCUCCGGGCGUCUACAAACUGGUCAAGAACAAGCUCCGCCUCAACCGGCUUCAACCAUCUGAUGCUGCCACCAUUAUAAUCUACUGGAAGACGAAGGCAUCCUCGUCCUCUCCUGCCGUCUGCAGGGAGUUCCUGUAUGUGCUGGACAUGCGGCGUUACAGCAGAGACCAGGGGUCCUCCGUCUACUUCCCCCAGGCUGUCCUCAACGGUGAUGACCUGUAUGACGUCACACUGUCAGACGGGGACUGCCGGCUUCAGGUGACUCUGGAUCCUGGUCUGAACCGUCUGGUGGAGAGGAAGGUCAUGCAGCCUGGAUCGACACUACGCAACGCCACCUUCACCCCCGCCAUGGCCGCUCAGCUCCCAGAAUGCCCCGGGGCCUCUGGAGAGACAGACAGCUACAGACUGGUGAGUGUGGAGGUCAGAGAUGGAGCUCCAGGUGAUGAUGAAGAUGAUGGAGUCAGGAGGUUUGAUGUGGACUGGGACUCUCUACCCUGGUUUGGAUCCUCAGAACCUGCAGGUCCUUUGGUGCCUCUGAGAGCCAAUAGGAGCGUGUUUCUGCCUCUGUGGAACAAUGUGGACUACAGCGGGGAGGCGUGGAGGGAACACCCGCCCUCUGCGGAGGAGGAGGAGGAUGAAAGAGAUGAGGAGGGGGAGGAAGGGCGACGUCCUGCUGUGACGGUGUCCGAGCUGCGUGACUGCUUCCUGUCCGGUCACCGGGCCGUUGCCAGGGGCGCCGUCAAGCAUCAGCUGAUCGUACGCAUCAUCAACAAGUCUCACCUGAUGUAUUAUGGGAGAACAGACCGAAACUGUGAAUGUCCUUAUAAGGUGGUGUUGGAGGUGUGCGACCUGACAGGAAGUGUGUGUGUGGUGUUGUGGAACAGUGUGUGUGUCAGCUGGUAUCGCUGUCUGAAGCCUGGUGAUAUCAUUAGCCUGAGACGCUAUCGAGUCAAACAGCAUUAUCAGGCUGAGCCAGAUGAUAUAGAGAUCAGCGUGAACAGCAGAAAUCCUGCAGCACAGAUAUCUGUUCUCCCAGAAUCCUCUGUUUCAACGGAAUAUCUACCACCUGAACCCACUUUCAGCUUCUACAACAGUAAGGAGCUCCUGGACCAUCCUCACAGCGCUGUGUGCGAUGUCAUUGGCCUUUUGACGUUCUCGGGACGACCGGAGCGACUCAGGAGCAAGGAUAGUCGAGGGGCGGAGCUCUUGGAGUAUCGCUGGCUGCAAUUGGAGGACGGGACCAGCAAUCAGCCGAUCAUGGUGAAGCUCUUCUCCACGUCUCAACCUGAGACCCACUGCAAGCUCCACCCACUGUCCGUAGUUGUUUGUACCAGACUGAAGUUGAUCAAAGCUGCAGAUCAAACUCACGGCUGCUCCUACCUGACAAAUACAAGAUACACACAGGUGUACUGCACAGGACUGGGCCACCACUCAGAGAUGAGUUACCGUAAGCUCCGGCCGGUCCGACAGUUCCUCCGGUGGCUGAGGAGCCAGGAUGACGAACAGGUGCUGAGCAGGUCUAUGAUCGGAGGAUUCUUCAUGUACCCGCCUCCUCCGGUCUCCUUGGAAACGUACAUGAAAGACCGGAGAGGUGAGCCAGGUUUCCUGCGAGGGGCGGAGCUCCAGAGGGAGGUGGAGAGGCUCUGUUACCGGGAACGACGCACCUUCUGCAUCCAGGCAACAGUAACCAUGGUCACGUACAGCCGCGUUGGAGAGGAGGAUCGGUCUUUGUUUUGGACAGACCGAGCUGCGUCCUUCUCCCCCUCCCCCUCCUCCUCCUCCUCCUCCCCUCACCCGCCCCCCUCCCCGUCCCUCUCCUCCUUCUCCUCUUCCCACCUCCCUCUCCCCUCCACCCCUCGUUCAUUUAGACCUCCUGUCGCCUCCUCCUCCUCGUCUCCCUCUCCAACCUCCCCGUCCUCCGCCGUGAGUCAGCUGACGCCUCGCCGUCUGGACCACAGAGCAGGCAGGAGUUCGUGUAAGAGGAAGCAGCUGUUUCAGCCUGAAGCUCCGAGGAAGAGACAUCCAUGGGUCACAUUACAACCAGAGCAAAACAACAAGACAGCAGUGAUUCUGUUUGAAGCCUCCAUGGAGUUUCUAGAAAACGCCGAUGAAGACGGCGACGGCGACGACGACACCUCGUCCUUCGUCACCGCUCCCCUCUUGCCCGUUUUCCCGCCCGUCGCCGCGGAGACGCUGCCGAUGCGUUACGACCACGCCCGCAGGGAGGAGCAGGCUGUCACCGUGGCGAUGGGAGGGCGGCCGACACCUGGGAGGUUUGACUCCGCCCUCCAGGACUACUACACAUUGAGACUGAGAGCUCUGUCGGAUGGUGUGUUGGUCGACGCCGUCUUCCUGCCCCAGUCUUCCGCCUCCUGCCCCUCUCCUCCCCUCCUCCCACACGCCAACACCUGGACCUCCGUCUUAUCGCACGGAGCCUUCUCUUUGCACGCGCCUCCGCCUUCGCCAGCUGACCUCAUCGGCAUGGCGGCCCAGCUGACCAAUCAGAGGUUGGUCUGCGUCCUGGAGGCGUGUCACCUGGGCGGACCCACAACCGAACUCAUCCUGAGCCGAGCCUUUCACCUACCCAACUGACACACACACACACACACACACACACACAGAUGCCUGAUGGGAGUUGUCAUUUUUGAGUUGUAUUCAUAACUUAUUGUAUAAAGUUUUUACACUUGAUAAUUUAUAGAAUUUAUAUUUCUUUGAUGGUAUUUGAAUUUAUAAAGAUACAUGUUAAUGUUG